GCAUCUACAAACUAGCUAGGGCCUAUAUUGCCAUCUUGACGAGAGAGUGUGUGGAAAACGUGUCAAAAUUAAAACAAAAAAAUGGCCGAUAAAACAUCACCUAGUCAAGAGAUGCACCCUGAUUCGGAGAGUGACGAUGAAGAGGUUGUCGAGACAAGUCCUUGUGGAAGAUGGGAGAAACACAGAAAAGAGGUAAGCCAGAAAAAUGUUCCAGGUAUCGAUUCAUCAUACUUGGCAAUGGACACAGAAGAAGGCGUGGAGGUUGUGUGGAAUGAGGUCUUAUUUUCAGAGAAAAGGUCUUGGAAAAAUAAAGAGGCAACAUUUAAAAGAAUUUUUGAGAACCUCACCCAGUUAGAUCAUCCAAAUAUUGUCAAAUUUCAUAAAUACUGGGUUGAUAUGAGAGAUGAUCAACCAAGGCUUAUAUUCAUCACUGAAUUCAUGACGUCUGGUUCACUGACACAGUUCCUGAAAAAGACAAAGUCAAAUAACAAGACACUAAAUCUCAAGGCUUGGAAGCGAUGGUGCAAACAGAUCUUAUCAGCGCUGAGCUACCUACAUGGCUGUGACCCACCAAUUGUCCAUGGAAACCUAAGCUGCGACACAAUAUUUAUACAGCACAAUGGAUUAAUGAAAAUAGGCACAGUUGCCCCGGAAUCGAUACAUCGACACGUGAAAACAUGCAAACAGGAAGCAAAAAAUAUGCAUUUUGUCGCUCCAGAAUAUGAUGGACAGACAUUGUAUUCGGCUCUGUCGUCGCCUGAAUAUGGUAGGGUGAAUUUGCAUAUUUAUCCAAUUCAUUCAGCCUUCAACUGCACUAACAUACUUUCCGUUAGAGAAAAAGGGCUCCCUGGUACUAUUGUCAAUUGUGCAGCUGAUAUAUAUUCCUUCGGAAUGGUUGCCUUAGAGUUAGCAGCUUUGGUGCUGGAAACUGCAGAUGGGAAAUUUGUCACGCCGGAAUCUAUUCAGGAAUCACUCGAUAGAAUCGACGAUGCAAAACAGAAGGACUUUGUCAGACAGUGUCUUCAAAAAGAUCCACCUAAUCGACCAUCGGUAAAAGACCUCCUUCUACACGAGAUUUUACUCGAGGUCUACUCAUUAAAAGUUCUUACAGGACAUCACAUCGUGGAUGAAAACAUAAACCAUCCUGAGUCGGUGGAUGAAGUGGAACCCGAGAAAGUGAUGGCCGAAAUCUGUCAUCCUAAUGGCGAAAUCGUCGAGUGGAAGUAUUCAAAAGUACAACCCCUUGAAUUAGAGAAAUUUCUAGAAGAAUUGAGAAUUGGCCUUUACCCUUUAACUGGUAUGCAACAUUCAAGAAGCAAAAAAGAAAGUCACCCUUUGCUAAACAGAACAAAAGCGGAAAUUCCAAUCCGAGAAGAGGUCGGAUCAACGCCGAGUCCGGAACCAGAGGAGGAGACACGAGCAGUAGUUAAUAUGCAAUGCAGCGUCAUAACGUCAGAAGAAGCAGCUACCAAGCAGAUGACACUUCUACUAAAAUUUGAAGAUAGAAUGAAUCGACAGCUUACCUGUGAGGUGCAAUUUGGCGAGAAGUCAGAAGAAUUAGCGGAUGAAUUAGUUAGAUAUGGCUUCAUCAAUGGAGCUGAUCGAAUAAAAGUUUCAGAAUUAAUCAAUGAAAAUCUGCAAUGGUGAAUUCAAAAAAGUAUAUAGAUAUAUAAAAAUGUUUCUGCUCUUUUUGUGGAACAGAAUAGUUAGAGUGCAUUGUGAAUGCACAGACUAUAAAACCAAUUCUAAGAAAUGCGGAUACACCACAAUGCAUUUUUGUGAUUCCUGAUUUGAUGAUAUUGGGACAAAUUCAGACGAACCAGAAGAUAUUCAAACAAGCCAUGUCUUUCUGUCCUCUAACGCUUCAGAAGUCCUCAUUUCCUUCUUUAAAUGAAACAUUUUAAUCAUCACUAAAUUGGAUACAUUU